UCUAUAUAUUUUCGACAGUCCCUGAAGGCGGCUUUGGGUUUUGGUUACACCUCGAACGGUUUGCAAGAUGCUAAAGGAAAAUACGUUAUUUUGGUACCAAUGUAAAGAACAGCACGUCUUUAGAAACGCUGUAUAACAUAGCCGGCUCAUAAUGGACGAAGAAGCUAAAAUGCCAACCAGAUGCCUGUUGGACCUGCCCUGGGAGGAUGUGCUUGUUCCACAUAUUUUGUGCUACUUGCCACUUCAACACCUUGUCAGCCUGCAGAGGGUGAGCAAGCAGUUUCAGAGCCUCAUCCAGGUGUACCUAGCCAACUGCAGGACUUUUAAUCUGUCCCCUAUUGGACCAUGCAUUCCCAAGGAAGCCUUCUGCUCCAUGUUAAAGGACAAUAAAGUUCUCCAGAACCUGUCCCUGCAGAACUGUUCAGACUGGGUGACAGACCAGGAGCUGCUGCCAGUUAUCGGUCAGAACCAGCAUCUGCAGAAAGUGGACAUGAGCGGAUGUGCUUGGCUCACCCGCCACUCCCUGGUGGCCGUGUCCUUGAGCUGCAUGCACCUCCAGCACCUCGGCCUGGCGCACUGCGAAUGGGUGGACAGCCUGUCCCUGCGCAGCCUGGCUGACCACUGCGGGGGGCUGCAGUCAAUCGACCUCACCGCCUGCCGCCAGCUGAAGGACGACGCCAUCUGCUACCUGGCUAAGAAGUGUUUGCAGUUGAAGUCUUUAUCUCUGGCAGUCAAUGCCAAUGUUACAGACGAGUCAGUGGAGGAAGUGGCCAAGAACUGCAGGGGCCUGGAGCAGCUGGACCUGACAGGUUGCCUGCGGGUCAGGAACCAGUCCAUCAGGACUCUUGCAGAGUAUUGCCCCAAGCUGCAGUCCCUGAAGGUGAAUCACUGUCACAAUGUGACAGAGUCGAGCCUCGAUCCUUUACGGAAGCGCAACGUGGUGAUUGAUGUCGAACCGCCUCUGCAGAGGGCGCUGGUACUUCUUCAGGAUGUACUGGGGUUUGCUCCCUUUAUCAAUCUGCAGAUAUAGCCAAAGGGCAAUCUGUCUGUCCAACAAGCGCACACAGGUGGGUACUAUCAGCAGUAUAUAUUCUGUACUUUAUGAGUUUCUGACAUAUUUAUGAAGAAAUCUGUCAACAAAUAUAGCCAGGACUCAUCACGACGGAUUUAUCACCAGCCUGUUUGGAUAAGACUGACAGAAAUGAUGGCAGGGGCAGUCGAUCAGUUUUUAUCAACUUUUGCUGAACUUUUUUUUCAGGUGUCUUCAUAACAGCAGCCACUUUCAGCUGCAUCACAUGGACAUGUGAGUUGUUAUGAGAACUGCCAGGAUAGUUUAGAAAGACCUGCAUGUGUUGCACUCAUGUUUUAGUGGCAAAACAAUUCAGGCAAAAAGCAAUUCACUAGAAGUGACUGAUGAUCCAAAUUUAGGAUGGAACUGACAGUAAGUCUAGUUUUGCAGAUGACUGAAGAAAGCCAUGUACUUUUAAGAAUUGCUGCCUCACGUCCAAAAGAUGUCACUGCACUAUUCCUUAAUCAUUUAGUGUUGUAAUAUUGUGGCUUUAUAGAAAAGCAGUUCUAACCAAAGUACAGUGUAUUGUUUUGUUGUUUUUUUUUCAACAAAGUACAAAGCAAUUAUGUUUCAUUUGGAAACAUUUCAAAAUGUUUGAGUUUAAUUGAACAUUUUAUUUUGCAUGUACUAUAUGUGCAAGCUUAAAGGGCCUAUUCAUACAAAGCGCACCAAAAUAUUCUAUCACUUUCCGCUACUUUUGUGCUGCCAUUGGGUUUUAUUUGUUUUAUUAUCUUCACUACGGAGUCUUCUGCUGCCUACAAACAGUGAAGGUGAAUGCAGUUUUGUUUGUGGUUCUGACCACGUGUCUUCCAGAAACAGUGGUUGCGGUCGAAUGGUUAGAAAAAAUGUCCUCCCGUCUUUUUCCAAAAUGCUUUUGCUUGAUCUCGAUGGAAAAAGUCACGAGGUCGAGCAAAGCGGGAGAAUGCGUACGGACUUGGGGAAAACACAACCACGGUGCUGCGAGGAUUGGAUCAGACUUAAUUUUGCAACGCCGGAUGUUUUUGACUUGGAUCUGCUGUGGCGAGAGUACAAUGUUCUGAAGAUGGACUAUUUAAAGCACAUUUUCGACACUUUGGUCCGUGUGUUCUUACCUUUCAUGAAGAUGCAACAAUCCAAUGACAAAUAUUACGUCAUUCCCGAGGAUGGACUUAAAAUCAAAGAAGGAUUUUCUUAAGUCUCAAGUGAUCUAAAAUGGUUGUCACGUUGACAAUGGUUGCUUACACUCACCCUUCUGUCCACACAUAUUUAUCACCAUGAAUUCCAGCUAUUCAGUGUGAUUGUAUGAAAACGAUUUAUGCAAGGCAUAAUGGAUUAUGACUACAAAUCAGCUGGUGUACAUAUCAGACUUACAUUUCAAUUGUGGCGAAUUAUCAUCUGAGUAAAAGUGACCCACAUCUGUUUUCAUUGAAAGACCGACUCCUUUAUUGUGGUUAAUGUGAGACUUAUAACAGAUUUUGAUCUGAUUGUAAACCUAUGCACAUAAAGGAUUCAAAAUCCCCACACAACUGGGUAAAGACCUUGAAUGUUGCUGUUGCUGCAAGGAAUUAUGGGGCAGCAUUAUCUCUGCUCUUGUUGUGAAGGAUGGUCUAAUAUGCUCUCCACUUAAGGAGACCUAAAAGAAAGCAGUAAAGCACCUUUCCUUAUAAUUUAGAGAAUUCGCCCAGCUCCUAUCAUGGCUGCCAUUUCUGGGUUAUUUCACUCAGAAAGUCUAAGGAAAAAAAGAGAGGAUUCAACUGCAACCAAUGUCCUGGUUCCUCAGGAUAAUCCAUAGACCACACUGUUUUUCUACAGUUUUCCAGUGAGAGUUGUGAGACUGUUUGCAUGGCUCGAUGUACCCAGAGAUAAAUGGACAAAUAUUAACAUUUUAUGAUGUGAGUGAAGUAACCCUUUAAACCACACUGUUAGUUAAUGCAUAGCCUUGUUUAAAAUAAGCAUCACUGUUUCCCCCAUGGAGUCUCCAGAAGGAAUUUUGUAAACAGUUACCUGUUGAAAAUGCUGUCGCCCUGUAAUUCAGUAUGUGAAUUAUGUAAGAAACAUUAAAGUGUGAAAUGCCACCACGAA